GUGCAGAUUUUAGAGAAAGAAGGCUACAAAUUGAGCACACCAUGCUAUCCCUUCCACCAUGACUUUGAGCUACACCGAAGUAGAACCGAAUAUAGAAUUUUGGAGGAAACUGGAACACUGUCAAUUUUGAAUCAUUAUUAAGAAACUGCCUGAUUCCAAGUUUGUGCUUUGACAUCUUCACACCGUCAUUAUUUACGUUUAUUUCGCGUAUGUAUCAUGGGUGUGGCGGGUGUGACGUAGGCGUAGGACGAAUCAUAGAAUCCAUUAGAAUCCAUGUUCGCGCUUUCAUAAAAGGUCAUACCAUGUUCGCUGAAAUCGGAUUGGCUAUUUCUGUUUAAAGUCUGACAAGACUGUGGCUUUACGUGACAGUUGCAUAGUAGUAAUAAUCAUCGUGUUCAGCAAACACAAAACAAAUAGAAAGAAAAGGUAGUAAGGAGUGUUCGUCAACAUCAAAACGUAAUCGUCUUUUGCCGUUAAAAUAUGCCAGGGGUUACAGAAAUGUCGUUGGAUCAUAUGUUCUGUUCCCGAUGCAGAGAAGGUUUUGUCGCUCAUGAAAAAAUUGUUAACUCAAACGGUGAAUUAUGGCAUCCUCAAUGUUUCGUGUGCGCACAAUGCUUCCGGCCAUUUCCAGAUGGAAUCUUUUACGAAUUUGAAGGAUACAAGUAUUGCGAACAUGACUUUCAUGUUCUAUUUGCACCAUGCUGUGGCAAGUGUGGUGAGUUUGUUAUUGGCCGUGUGAUUAAAGCGAUGAAUUCAAAUUGGCAUCCGCAAUGUUUCCGCUGCGAAGAAUGUAACGGUGAAUUAGCGGAUGCGGGUUUCAUCAAAUGUCAAGGCAGAGCCCUGUGCCACACAUGCAAUGCCAAUGUGAAAGCUGGUGUGCUUGGAAAACAUAUAUGUCAUCAAUGCCAUGGAGUAAUCGAUGAUAAACCUUUACGAUUCCGUGGUGAACUUUAUCAUCCGUAUCAUUUCAAUUGCACAACUUGCGGUGUGGAACUCAAUUCUGAUGCCAGAGAGGUCCGUUCUAGACCCGGCUAUGCUGCUAACGAAAUGAACGAACUGUAUUGUUUGCGAUGUCACGAUAAAAUGGGAAUCCCGAUUUGCGGCGCCUGCCGGCGUCCCAUCGAAGAGCGUGUGGUAACAGCACUGGGCAAACAUUGGCAUGUGGAGCAUUUCGUAUGUGCUAAAUGCGAAAAACCUUUCCUAGGUCACCGCCAUUAUGAGAAGAAGGGUCUUGCUUAUUGCGAGACGCAUUAUCAUCAAUUAUUUGGGAAUCUCUGCUUCGUCUGUAAUCAGGUUAUUUCUGGUGAUGUUUUUACAGCAUUGAACAAGGCAUGGUGCGUCCAUCACUUCGCGUGUGCAUUCUGCGACCAGAAGAUGAAUCAGAAGACAAAGUUUUUCGAAUUCGAUCUAAAGCCCGCGUGCAAGAAAUGCUAUGAUAAAUUUCCGCAAGAGCUGAAAAAGCGAAUGCGACGUAUGUACGAUCUGAAUCCUAAGAGGGUUCCACCAACGUAAAUGCAGAGAUCUGGAGUCUUUCGUGUAAACCGUUCAAAAGGAAUAUAAUUAAUACUCUUUCGCACUUAUAGUGCCUUAUAUCUGCCUUAAAAUAAAUAUAAAAUAAAUAUAUAUUUAAUUAUUAUAUAGUCUACCAAAGCUAUUCUUUUAUCAAUUGCAAGUAUUUUAACAUAAUUGUAUCUACUAUAUGUAUCUACUUUUUAAUUUUUAGACCGCCAGCAUUGGAUGUAAUUCCCUUAGAAAAUUCCCGAAAUAUUGUACUAAUAUCUUGGAAAUAACCUAUAUAAUGGGGAAUCCUCCGUAGCUAUAUUUAGACUUUCCGAUGGUCUAAAGGAUAAUAUAACUUAUAAUUAAGAAGCUAUUGAUGUUUUUCCAUUUGAAAUAUCUUCAAAUUAGCAUCUAUGAAUGGGAAAAAGUGCAAUAAUUAUAUAACAUUUUGUAUAUGUGAAAUGUAACAUCAAUUUAUACAUAAUGUUGAACUUCAAUAACUCGAAUCUUAAGAGAAAAGAACUCUUCGAGUUGUAGAGGUUUGACUUGUCGAAAUUUUCAAAUAAAAAAAAGUUAACUAUGAAAAUUCGACUUACGAAUAUUUUAUAUGAGAAUUAAUAGUAAUUUUGCGAUUAUAAUGGUUUUUAAAGGAAAAAAAUUCAAUUUUUAAUCAUGAAUUAUUUAUUGCAUUCACAUAAUAAUUAUAAAGCAAACACAAGAUUAUUAUUCAUGGUUACUAAAAAUCUGUAAUUAAUCUGUUAAUGAUUUAAUACAUUGUUGAUGUCAAUGUCAUUUUCAACGAUAAUCAAAGCAAUAUGUUGGCCUCAAUAUUAUUAUAUCUUUCUAUAAAAUUUCAUAAAACGUUUAUUUUACACAACAUAAACGCAAAAAUAAUUAAAGACACGAAAAUAGAAAUUAUGCGUUCGUUUAACUUUAACGAUAAACGCGUGGCUUACUUGACAUGUACAAAGAAAAGGGAGAGAUAGAGCUGCGACUGGCUGCAACAAGUGACAUGUUUUUCAAAGACAUUAUAGUGCAUAGCUGCAACUUCGAGUUAUAGAAACAGCGACAAUAAAAUUUGACUUAUAAAGAUAAACUUGUAAAGGUCUGGUUAUUUUAAAUUCGAGUUACAGAGGUAAAAUAAUCUGACAAAUAAUUCAAGUUAAGGCAGAUUUUAUUUCGACUUAUAGAGGUUUUCUGCAGCGGAGCGGAAGGAAAUGAACAAAACUUUCGUCUUGUAGAGGUUUGACCCUAUAAACAUAUAUAUAUAUAUAUAUAUAUAUAUAUAUAUAUAUAUAUAUAUAUAUAUACAU